CAGCAUGUCCCUUGAGCUCUAGGUGAGUUUUGCCCUUUUCCUGUGACCUUCCCUAGCCCGCGCUGAUGGGGAGAGCAGGGCAGCUCUCCGGAAGAGGCUGUCUGUGGGGGGCGGACAGGCAGGGGACAGGAGAGAGGGGUGUGAUUUUUAUUGCCCCGGUAUUUUGGUGCUCCCAGGAGCAAUGACAUCACCCAGCCUCCUCGAUGCGAAGAGACAAAGGCGAGAGGCAGCUGCAGAAGGAGGCGGCUGCUGCAGCGAGCACCACGGCGACCCAGCACCGCUGCUCCAUCCCCUCCUGGCCCGCUGCUCAGCUGAGCGGCCCUUGCCCAUGCGGACUGCCCCGGCGAGCGGCGGGGGGAAAGGGAGCCGCAGGCAACGCGCAGCAUGCACUGGGGUGUUGGCUUUGCCUCCUCCAGGUCCUGUGUGGUUGCGCUGAGCCGGAAUCAGAGCCUCACCCUCGGCUGGUGUGCGGGACCCGAAGAGCACUUCUCCUUUUAUGGGGACAUCAUCGCUUUCCCUUUGCAGGAUUACGGUGGGAUCAUGGCAGGGCUGGGUUCGGAUUCGUGGUGGAAGAAAACCCUGUAUUUGACCGGGGGAGCCCUGCUCGCUGCCGCGGCGUAUCUGCUCCAUGAACUCCUGGCAAUUAGGAAAGAGCAAGAGGUUGAUUCCAAAGAUGCUAUUAUACUGCAUCAAUUUUCAAGGCCUAACAAUGGUGUUCCCAGUUUAUCUCCUUUUUGUUUGAAAAUGGAAACUUAUUUAAGGAUGGCUGAUUUACCCUACCAGAACUAUUUUGAUGGAAAACUUUCCCCUCAAGGGAAAAUGCCCUGGAUUGAAUACAAUCGCAAAAAAGUAUCUGGCACUGAGUUCAUUAUUGACUUUUUGGAAGAGAAACUCGGAGUGAAUUUAAAUAAAAACCUUGGUCCACAUGAAAGAGCUGUUUCCAGAGCAGUGACAAAAAUGGUGGAGGAGCACUUCUAUUGGACAUUAGCUUAUUGCCAGUGGGUGGACAAUCUCCACGAGACCCAGAAGAUGCUUUCGUGCAGUGGCCCCUUUAGUGACCUGCUGAAGUGGAUUCUGUGCCACCUAACAAAAGGAAUUGUGAAACGAGAAAUGUAUGGCCAUGGCAUCGGCCGCUUCUCGGAGGAAGAGAUAUACAAGCUGAUGGAGAAAGACAUGCGGUCACUAGCAGGCCUCUUGGGUGACAAGAAGUACAUCAUGGGACCAAAGCUUUCCACUCUCGAUGCCACUGUCUUUGGGCACCUGGCUCAAGCAAUGUGGACAUUACCAGGGACUAGACCUGAGAGACUAAUCAAAGGUGAACUGAUUAACCUUGCUAUGUACUGUGAAAGAAUAAGGAGGAAAUUCUGGCCAGAGUGGCACCAGGACGACGAUAACACCUUUUACGAAUCUGAGGAAAGCAGUGAAGCUAGCAAGACUCACACCCCUUUGCAGGACUUCAGCUUUUAUUCAAGGACAGAAACAUUUGAUGAGGAGGGGACAGAGAACAGUAUUUCCCAAACCCCUGACACAGAUUAUACUGGACACUCGCUCUUUGAUUCUGAUGUGGACAUGGAUGACUAUACAGAUCACGCACAAUGCAAGUAAUGUAUCCAAGCACCUCUCCAUUUGUAUCAGAAAUGCCACUUCUUGGGACCAGUCCAACUUUCCCAUGUUCAUGCCAGUGUGGAAGAGAUCAUUGUGCUUGACACAUUUCACAUGCUACCUGGACUAUUUCAGCCUUAUUUCAUUUUGUAAAUCCAUUCAGAUGGAGCCUAGGUUAAACAAUUAGAACAGGGCAAACAAGAGAUCCAGAGGGUAGGAGGAUCUUAGGCCUACAUAUUGCUCCCACUGAAAACAGAUUCCAAAAUCAUGCGAGCAAACCUACCACAGGUGGAGCAGAGAGGUCACGAGAGCUGCUGUGUGUUGAGUUUCUCAUCUUCACAGCAAGGGGUUGACAGAAAGGGAAAAGUGUUUAUUGGAAUUCCCCUCUCCCUUCUUGGUAAGCAGUGAUUUCACUGUAUUAAUGCAACAGGAUGCCAGGGCAACUUUACUCAACAGCUUCUUGCACUCUGGGUGUGUACGUUAUACGUGAGUGUGUAUAGGAGAGGAGUAGGGGUUUGGUCUCCAGUGCACAGACUGUCAAUCAAUAAAGGCAAGAAGAAAAUGUGCUCAUGAAAAAAGCAACAUUUUAUAAUUCCUAUUCUGUACAAUAGCUUGAAAUCUUUCAGUUUUAUAACUUUUUUAGUUGAAAGGGAGACUUCAGAGUAUUUUAAAUUAUUACCUAAUAAUCCCUCAGAAGAUUGUUUAGGAGUCUUGGCUAAACCCCAUCUCAGGUAUAUAUAUACUUUGCCCAUCCAAAUUCCCCUUGCAGUUUCGAUUAUGUCAAGUGUUCUUUCCAGUUCCUGCUGAAAACAGUUGUGUGUUGUAUUGUUAGAUACUGUUAAGUUAAACACCUAGAGUGCACCACCCCGGAGUCAACUGCAUUGCAGUGCUGGACACUUCAGUCUCUCUAGUUUUUGUGUAUCAGUUGGCAAAGUUUGCGAAGCACUUUGGAGUGCUGCCGGGUAUAAGAUGCUAUGUAAAUUCAAAAUACCAGAUCCUCAGAAGUGCCAGAGCAGAACUCAACAUGCCUUAGGGGGAAGGCUAGGUAGGUCAUCUAUAUUGGGUCUAGGGCCCCUGACACACUCCCUAUAACCAGGUGGGUGGUAGUGUGUAGAAGGGAACUUGCUGGCUAUGCCAGUUCUGUAGCCUGUGUGGAUUUCCCCAUGCCAGACUGGAUGCUGACACUGAUUGACUGAUUUCAGGCAGAGAAAAAGCAUAUGAGGAAUUAAAGUAUGUCAAGGUGUUUGUAAAUAUAUUUAAGAAAAAUCAGAUUCUGGAUCCACAAACCUUGAUGGUGUCCCUUAAAAUGUUUUAAGCAUGGCUUUCGUGGUUUAGGAAAAAAGUUGUUACGUGAACAGGACCACUUUGCAACAUUAUUAAUCAUGCAGCUGAUAAAUAACUUGUUCCUGUAUCUUGUAUUCUGGGAAGCUAAGGGUAAAAGGGGCAGUUGAGGACUCUUCUCAUGAUUGUUACUGCUUCUCCUAAUACUGAGAAUUCAAAAUAAAUGGAGGAGUUUCCCAAAGCUUUAAAAGAAAUUCAUCUUUUGGGGAUCUUUUCACUAAUUGUGAAGACCCCCUUCUAGCUCGGAGUCCUUUGAUUGUUCCGGGGAAUCACAGAGCUGGCUGUGGAUCUGGAAUGGGAGAGUCACAGUUCACACGUGGAGAUCCACAACCAGCCUGGUGGCUGCUCCUUGUGUUUAGGUGGGAACAGCUAUUAUGAAGACAGCCGAUGGCUUGUGUAGUGUGGGAUGCAUAGUUUUGUGUUUGUUUCUUAAAAUAGGCCAGACAUUCCUUUGAAGUCAUGCGUCUAUUAAACAUUUCCAAUCUCAUGGAUGAGUACUAUUCAUGAAGUGAAUCUGAGCUAUAGUUGACUUGCAGAUGAUGGAGAGGAAGGUGCAAUCCAAGCAUUUAGGAACCUUGUCAGCAAACUAAGCACAAAACACAGGACACAAAGGGUAAAGCCUUGGGACUAAAAGGACAGACACGCUUGGUCAGAAAUGCCUUUGAAACCCCACAGAUCAUUCAACCUAGGUGUUACACCUGAAGAAAUUCAGAUGUUGAAAUCUGACCAAAAGAAUCACAUUUGGCAGGGGAAUUUUGUUCUUUAAAAACGUCUGAUAUGACCCUGGUUUAUAUCUGUUUUGUUUGUUUUGUUUAUAUAUUGAUUUAACUUUCAAAGUUCUUUAUUUGAAGUCAGUGGUUUUUUCAACUUUUUGAUGUUACGAGCUUGAGUUUCAGGUCUGGAGUCCACUGCUGAAAUGGAUGAGUCACAGCAAUAAGCUACUGUAGCUAAAAGAUUAACCUGAGUUAUAAGGCAUUUGCAUCUUCCCCAGUUGCAGAGGCUGACAAAUCUGCCUGUGACUGUGGUCCAUCAUAAAGGGAAAGGACCCAAUCUGAUCAGAAUUCUAAAGGUUAACUUUCCCCCUCUAAAUUCAUGGGGUUUGAUUCUGAUCCCACAUUGCUGUAAACAGCAGUAACCAAUGAGAUGAGUGAAGUUAGACUGAUGUAAAAGCAGUGAGAGAGCAGCAUUCUGUCCAUCAUGUUCUUAGGUAUCCAGAUUCUUUCUAAUUCCAGACCUCAAGCCUAUCUGAACAGAAUCUCCCUUAUAACUGUAUGAUAUAUUCUCUACCUUGAUACAGUACUAGACUCAUUUUCACUCAGAAUGGCAAAUAAAAACCUAGUUAGAGGAUAUGAUUAUUGGUGUCUUCCCAUCUCUGGGGAGAGUGAAAAAUAAAAGCACUCUGGAGCCUUUCGCUACAAAUGACUAGAAUGCUAACAAGGUUCCCUGCCCCCACUGUUGUGCAUUCUCAUGCAUUUUGAUGCUUCCAUACAUACACCUUGGAGAGAGGUGGCUGGAGCAAAAUCAUUAAAAAUCUGUGUCAUGUCUUGUGACAAACACUUGCUGGAGGUGGCUUUUAGAUAUUAGAAACCCCACACAACAGCAGGAAUGGGAGAGGGAAGGGGAUUGAACUUAGAUGGCCUAUUCUGGGUAUCUCCAGUACUUAGAAUUCUGUAUUACAGAGGCAGGCAAACAGCGUGGGGAGAAAACUCGUAUUCAUGUGAGUAAAACUUACUUAUGCAAAUUUUCCCAUUGAAGUCACAGACACAGUGCCCCCAGUUAGAACAGUGUAAACCUGGAACACCUCCCUGGAUUGAAACUGGUCUAAUAAUAUCGGGCAAUAUUUGGACCAAUGGUCUGCUGUAUCAACAGGUUCAUGUGAAAUCAAUAGGACCACUUGAAUAAAAAUUGCUACUCUUAGAAUUGCAGAUUUAGUCCCUAAAGAAGGAGGAAGUGUACUUUAGAUAGAAGUAUCUCCCACUGAAAUUUAGGUUGGAAAAAUAAGUUGUGCAACAGUCACUUUAUGAGCUAAGAUUUUUAUUUUUAUUUUUAUUCUGAAUAUCCACAAAUUUUCCAGUGAAGGCUUAACUUGAAACUAACAAGCGCAGUAACACAUUUUGUCUUAGGAAAGUAACAUUUUAAAAAAAUUUGUAAGGAUCCAAAGAGACGACAAAUGCAGCAGCCCUUGCCAGUAUCAGCUGCAAUUUUCUAGCUGCACUGAUCUGUCUAUGUAUUGAUCAGUUGUGUGAAUGUAUUUACAACACAUGCCAUGCCUUUUGUUUCUUAGGAGCAACUCAGGUUUUUUAAAGGAGGAGGUUAGUAACAUUUUCCUCAUCAUGGGUACCCUGGAAAAGUGUGCAUUUUUGUUUUGAUUUAAAAUUUAGAAGAAAUUUCAGAAACAAGGUAUGUAUGUUGUAUUUUCAAGGCAUAACAGGAAAUUUUUACCCUAAUUUAACCUGUCCAGAAACAAAUAUCAGCUGUUUUUCCUGCUAGAGCUGGUCAAAAAAUAUUUUGUUCACACUUUUUUUCAGUGGAAAAUGCCUUUUGGCUAAAACAAAUGCCUCUUCACAAUAAAUACAUAAAAAUAGUUUUGGUUCAAAUCUUUAGUUUUCUGACAAACAAAUUAGAAAUUAAACAUUGCAUUUUUACUUUCCUGCUUCUUUUUACAAUGGCAAAAAAGUAAGAGAAAAAGGCCCCCCACCCCCUGAAAUUUUUUUUGGAAAUUUUUGAAUUUUUCUGUCAGAAAUGCAAAAUUUUCAUUUCCUUCAAAUUGUUUCAUGGAAAAUACCUACCUCUUUUGACCAGCUCUCUGAUGAAAUAUAUCGAGUUGAAAAGUGUCAAAGGGGCAUUCCCCCCCCUUCUGUGUUCUAUACAGUUAAUCUCCAUUCUGUCACCUGAUUUAUUAUCCUUGCCCUCACUAUUACCAGUGACUCUUGUUCUUUGGCUGAGGAAGCCUGGCUAAGAUUUUCUGUGGAGCCUCUCAGCAAAGAGACGCACGGAAUGGCCUUCAAGUCAUUCUGGAAACAGUCACUAUCUUGCAGGAUGAGACACUACAUGCACUGCCUGCAUAGCAGUCACAGUCCAUGCUGGCUCAGUGCAAGAUUUUGGCCCUGGGAAUCUCUAGGCCUGUAAUGUAGGAUACUGAAACUGGGGCAUCCAGAGUAUUCUUUACUAGAGGAGUAUAAUGGAUUAGAAUGUUGGAUUACUCAUUAAUGUAUCAGUAUCAGUCCCUCUGAAUUUGAUUGUGGCCCAGAUUGUGCCCCCUCCCUCCCGGUCCAUACAUGGAAGAAUCUUCCAUACGUCAGUCUCCCCUUUUCUUUACAGAAAGGAGGCUCACACAGGUGCCUCUCUUGCUCCACGCAUCCCUUCCCUGGCUGCUGUAGAAGGAUCUUUAUGCUGCAUGGGCUCUGCACAGGAGGAGGGGGUGGAAUUGUGUGGCAUUUACUUCCCCAGCUCUUACCAUGGAAAGAAACCAUCUGAGCCUCUGAUCUCAUACCAUUUAAUGUGAGUUAACUCCAUUGACUUCUCUGGAGUCACUCCUGAUUUAUACCGUCUAAGUAAAAUCUGAAUCUUUAUUUUGUUAAAAGUCAGAGCAUUUCCCCUCCUCAAUUUUGUUUUUAAUAAUAUCGCCGUCCAACUGUUAAUUAUUAUUUUAAGUUUGUUUUUAUAAAACCCUCUGGGGAUGAUGAAUACAUAUUUUUAGCCCCUUUUUCCAUUUGGCAAAUGGUGAUUUGCUUCUUAUGUUUUGCUCGUUUUUUGUUUAACAGCGAUUGCAACUUCAUAUUGUAUAGAACCUUGUCAGGCUGAAGUGGAUUUGUUUAUAACCAUUAGCACCAUCAGCAACAUCAGCAACAUCAGCAGAGCUCACUGCUUCUGACUACUCAAUAGAGGAAUCAGACACUGUUGGUUUUAGAAGUCCUACAAAAAUCUCAUGGAUGUUGUGCUAGAUUUAAAAACAAAUCAAAUGAUAUUUAAAAACUGGAGGACUGUCCCCAUCCAAUUAUAACACUGUAGAUCAUGCAUUUUGAUCUUUAAAACCUUGACAGUGUCCCUUUGAAUCCAUUUUCUCUUUGAAAAAUAUUGCUUGAAAUAUUUUUUAGCAACAGUCCAGACACAAAUUUCCUUUUGUCAGUGGGGUCUGCUCAAGUAAUCAUGACAGUUUCCUGAUAUUUCCAUUGAAAGGAUUUUAUCUGUCAAGUAAUAAACCUUACAAAAUGUUGCCUGGGAGGAAAACGUGUUAUGUGGAAAGAUCUAUGCAGGGGUGCACAGCAAGUGAAAUUCUGUGGAAAGGGGUGGACUAAAGUGGAUCUUGACCUUAGAUGUUGAAAUAAUAAUAAUCGGAGUCCUUUGAUUUUUGACACUAGGGCUACUCUCAAUGUAAGAAGAAAAAUAGUUGUACAUCCGUGCGACACUAUGGAUUUGGCAUGAGUACCCCAUGGAUAUGUUAUAUAUUCAGCAAAUUAUGCUCAUUAAAUGCAAAAUUAUGUUGCAUACCCCAGUGUUUGGGAGGUGGAAACAGAUGUACAUAAUACAUAAUACAGCAGUGUACAUCUGUGCAUAAUACAUAAUGUAUUACAUUGUAAUACAGCAAUUACAUUGUAAUUACAUUGUACAUUGUACAAUUACAUUGUAAUACAGCAAUGUACAGAUGUAUGUAAUACAUAAUACAGCAAUGAGUCACACAUAUGUAUAUUGGUGACUGCAGUUAAGAGGAAUGUCAAGGUAGCUCUAUAAUAGACAAAGUUGACUAUGUAGACCUUUGAAGGGCCCACUUACAGUAUGUAUAGUGUCCAGUAGCUUUGUAGUGCCAUAAACUGCAGGUAUUCUUUAGAGCUAAAUAAACAAAGAAGAUAUUUAUUUUGAUAGGUGUUAACUAUUAUGUGAAGAGGUUAUUGGGCUGUCCUUCCACAAAGAUCUUUGUUUGUUCUGGAGAAUUGUCGGUGUGUUUAUUAAAGGAUAUUAGACCUGGUAGGAGACUUUUGGAAAUGGUUUUGGUAUAGACAGCCUCACAAGGAGUUUAGUUUUAGACUUAUCAGUGAGCCUGGUGCUGUAAGAUACUGUGUGCCUUCAAUUCCAGGUACAGAUGGGGUUGUCAAUGAGAGCAGUGGCUGGACUCACUGAUCCAGGGGGUCCCUUCCAGUCCUAUAUGUCCUGAGUUCCUAUCCUCCUAUGUUCCAGAUGAAAUCAGUAGGAUCUGAAGGCACCCUCUAUACCUCACAGGAUCAGGCCCAUGUGUGGGUGGGAUGGGAGAACUGCUCAUUCUGGUCUUCAUUUCUUUGCCUUAGCGGAGAGACACGUGCAAAACUAAUCAGCUCUGACUCGGCAGUUUUGAGGACUCCUUACUUUGAUGAUCAUCGUGGAGGGCCUCUCUUAAUUCCUUUUCUGUAGUCAGUAACAUAAAGUGCUUCUUAUUUGCAUAGAUUUUGAAGUUCCAUGAUUCAGUACUGGGAAAAGAAAUGAAGCAUGUGUGAACACCACAGGAAUCUUAUUGCAGAAGAAUGUUUUAUGUGAUAUCUAUAGUUCUGCACCUCUAGGGCCAAAUCCUGUUUAGCCUGCUUAUAAUUUAGUCUAUCCUGCAUAACACAGGCCAUAGAAUUUCACCCAAUAAUUCCCAUGUCAAGCCCAACAAUGUGUGGUUGAACUAGAGCAUAUGUUUUAGAAAGACAUUGAAUUUUCACUUAGAGGUAAAUGCUAGCCCCCACGGAAGUAAAUAGCAAAACUCCCUUAGCUUCACUGAGGUCAGGAUUUCACCCAAAGCUUCCAAGUGAUGGAGAAUCUGUCCUAUCCCUUGUUACAGUAUUCCAAUGGCUAAUAACUCUCAAGGUUAACAAUUUGCCUCCACUGGACUACUCACUGGAGUGCGACAAACAGGGUUUAGCCCUUAUUUUUUCAGCUUCACUGAUUGUAACGGUAUUCUUACAGAGCAGUGUGUUUGCGUGUGUGUUCCUCCACCUCGCAUUAUAAUUUGUUAUUCUGACUAAUCUUUCCUAGAAUGUACAGGUUGUUGUUUUCAGGAUACUUGAGAAUUGCGGGACCCAAAGUUUUUAUAAUUAUAGUAUAUAAUCCAACCAUGUUACAGACAGAAUAGAGCAGUAGUUCUCAGCCAGGAGUUCGGGGCCCCCUAGGGUAUCUCGAGCAGGUUUCAGGAGCCCAGGGCCCAAGCAGGGCCAGCAUUAGACUCACUGGGGGCCAGAGCAGAAAGCCGAAGCCCCACCACAUGGGGCUGAAGCCCAGGUCCCUGAGCCC